AUGAAGCUCCUUUUUCCUAUCUUUGCCAGCCUCAUGCUACAGUACCAGGUGAACACAGAGUAUUUUGGCUUGAGAAGAUGUUUAAUGGGUUUUGGAAGAUGCAGAGACCACUGUGCUAUGGAUGAAAAAGAGAUACAGAAAUGCAAAAAGAAAAAAUGUUGCAUUGGACCAAAAGUGGUUCAAAUGAUAAAAAACUACAUGCAAAAUGAAAUGUCCCACACACUUGAGGGCUCCCAAGAACAACUACCAAUUAACAAGAAUUUUGAUGUUGAGAUGCAAACAAAAAAUCGUAUUUUAUCUCUUCUCCCCAAAAGCAAAAGCAUCAGCCCGUUUGCCAAUGUUAGCACUCUUAUUAUCUCAAAUACCACCAAUAUAAACUCUGUCAUCGCCAACCCUGUAUUCUCAGGAAAGACUUCACAUACUGCAAUUUCUACCAAGAGUGACACCAAAGAAAGGAGAGAUUCAGAUACUGACUCCCCACCACCAGCACCACCACCAUAG